CCUCCGAGACUGUUCUUACGUGAGGGUCGUGUAUGUGUUUUGACACUGACAGCGUCUGACGAGCUCUAAGACUCUGCCCUGAAAGAUCCACGCUCGACGACUUUAUUUUGUCCGCGUUAGGCUUCCGUCAUGGCUCAGGAGAAUCUGUCCGUGGUCCUACACUCUAAGGGAGACCUCAGGCUUGAAAACCGCCCCGUGCCGGAGCCAGGACCGAAUGAUGUUUUGCUGCAGAUGCACUCUGUUGGAAUUUGUGGAUCAGACGUGCAUUACUGGCAACAUGGCCGAAUUGGGGACUUUGUGCUCACAAAGCCAAUGGUCCUGGGACACGAGGCUGCAGGAACAGUGGUGAAAAUUGGCUCCCAAGUCAAGCACCUUAAAGUUGGGGACAGAGUGGCUAUUGAACCUGGCGUACCCCGCGAGAUGGACGAGUUUUUCAAAAGUGGACGAUAUAACUUGUCCCCCACCAUCUUCUUCUGUGCCACACCUCCAGAUGACGGAAACCUGUGCCAAUACUACACGCACAGUGCCAACUUCUGCUACAAAUUGCCUGAUAAUGUCACCUUUGAGGAGGGGGCCCUCAUUGAGCCUCUCUCUGUGGGGAUCCAUGCGUGCCGCCGGGCGGGAGUGACCAUCGGGAGCUCCGUGCUCAUCUGCGGUGCAGGGCCCAUUGGGCUGGUCUGCUUACUUGUGGCAAAGGCAAUGGGAGCUUCUCAAGUCGUCAUCACUGAUUUAUUCCCGGACCGCCUGGCCAAGGCCAAAGAACUGGGUGCAGACUUCCAGGUGACGGUCAGCAAAAGCGAUAGCCCCCAGCAGCUGGCCAAAAAAGUGGAGGACCUGCUGGGAGUUCAGCCUCAAAUCACCAUCGAAUGCACUGGUGCUGAGAGCUGCCUCCAAACUGCCAUCUAUGGAACCCGAUCUGGAGGUGUGGUGGUGUUGGUGGGUCUUGGGGCCGAGAUGGCAACUGUUCCUCUGAUAAAUGCGGCCGUGAGGGAGGUGGACAUCAGAGGGGUCUUCCGCUACUGCAACACCUGGCCUAUGGCCAUCGCCAUGCUGGCUUCAGGUAAAGUGAACGUGAAGCCCCUCGUGACCCAUCGCUUCCCUCUGGAGCAGGCAGUCCAGGCCUUCGAGACCACCCGUCAAGGGCUCGGGAUAAAGGUCAUGUUAAAAUGUGACAAAAACGACUCAAACCCCUGAGCCCACACUCUGCAGCGACACAAACCAAACCAGCUGGAAGUGGCUCCGGAUGACGAGAGCAAGCUGUACUCCGACCUCAGUUAGACAACAGAACAAGUUCAAGGUGAUGAACCCGCGUUGCUGUGAUACCAGAUCUGCUGCUUUGACACGAUCAGCUGUGGGUGAAUCCCCCAACUGUUUUAUUACUGACCAAGAUUUGAAAAUACAUUAUUUUCUGCAAUAUUCAUUACUUUUUCAUACAAGCAUGAUUUAAUGACUGUUAUUAAUUUUUCAAAAUAAAUCUUUUUCCAGCAAGAGAAA